AUGGGACCUCCCAGAGGAAAGAUCAAUUGUCCCUGCACGGAGCUGAAGAAGAAGUUAUUCAAGUGCUGGAGGGUGCUGAGCAGGGAUCGGCAACGGAAGCGCCAGGUGGUUGGGGCUGUGAUAGACGCGGGGCUGACCACAAGGCACCACCUCAAGAAGCGGGCAUCCAGUGCACGUGCCAACAUCACGCUGUCCGGGAAGAAGCGCAGGAAACUCCUGCAGCAAAUCCGCCUUUCUCAGAAAGAAAAAGCAGCCAUGGAAGUGGAAACCGCCCCCCCCCCCAAGUCAUCCAGGACUAGUGAGCCACAGCCCAAAAGACAAAAGAAGAUGAAAGUUCCCCAGGAUGUAGAUAUGGAGGAUCUGGGAGAUGAAAGCUAA